AUGCCCGAGAUGGGCUGGCCAAUGCUGGUGGCUAUUCUGGCAUUUAUUUGCUUGACCACGCGCGUCAUCUCUGGACUCCGGAGUGAAAAGGCAGGGACAGAUCAACCACGAUCUGUGCGGAUGGUGCCGUACUGGUUUCCUUGGGUGGGCCAUGGUAUUUCCUUUGCCUGGAACCACGUAAAACUCGUUGGGAAGGCAAGGGAUCGUCUGAAUGAACCCAUCAUAGGCCUUUAUAUGGGUGGCAGAAAGCACGCCAUGGUAGUAUCACCAUCAAUGGCGAAGUCAUCCAUGGCUUCACGAAGCGCGUCCAGCACGACUCUGAUCCAUUACGCGCUGGAGACCAUUUUCGGGGACCAUAAAGCCGCCCUCCGUAGUCUGGACCCGGCGGGCUAUAAAGAAUUCCACCAUACGAUCCCGAAUCAUAUGCUGCGGGAACCCUUUAUCUCGGAGGCCACUGCGGUGCUCGUCCGCAUGAUAGAGCUGGAGACACCAAAUCUAGUGACCUUUUGCCACAGCGUGGUGGAUCAAGCCCUCUGGGAGCGUGGCAGCGACCUCACAGUCGUGGGUGAACCCGGCAAGUCCGCUUGUGAAGUGAACUUUUUCGCCUUGAUCCGAAACUUCGUAGGACAGGCCACCACGGCUACGCUCAUGGGACAGGCGAUCUUGGACGUCUAUCCUAACCUCCUGAAGGACGUCUGGACGCUCGACGACCGGUUUCCCUUUGUAGCCAUGGGCCUCCCUCGCUGGUUACCGAUUCCAGGACUGACUGCAGCGUACGCGGCCCGGAAUCGUCUUCUCGAGGCCAUGGCAGCGUUUCAGCAGGCCUUUAAUUACUGGGAUGAUGGGAUCGACCCGGGGAUCAAAUUCCGUGAUCUUGAUGAUGUCUGCAAACCCAUCAAGCAACGAAUGCGAUUGUCCAAAAGUUUAGGAUUAACGCCACAAUCCUGUGCCCCCGGACAUCUGUCUCUUCUAUGGGCAAUGAAUGGGAACUCUCCUAAUAUUGUCUUUUGGCAUCUCCUUCGCCUUUAUACGGACCCUACCCUUCUGGAGGAGAUUCGGAAAGAGAUUGCGCCUCAUGCAAAGGCUUCAAGGCCUACCAGAGAAGAGACCGGUUUUCCUUUUCACGAGCCUCCCAAGAUCUCCAUCGAUACUGAAGGCCUGUUCAAGUCCUGCCAUUUACUGAAGGCCAGCUUCUACGAAACUUUACGUCUGGAUGCGGCGCCCCUUUCAUUCCGGGAACUCACGUCCGAUCUGAUAAUUCGUGAGUCCGACAAAGAUGCCGAAAUCGCUGGUACAGGCCAGCCUCGAGCGUACGAAGUCAAGAAGGGCGCUAGUAUUUCCGUCAUUCAUGGAGUCAUCCAUAACGACGCUCGGUAUUUCUCCAAUCCGGGGCAGUUCGACCCCCUGAGGUUUAUCCUGGCUGAUCCCGAAACGGGUGCGAGGCAGGCCAAAUUACACACCAUCAACCCUUUCGGCAUCGGCACGUCCGGCUGCAAGGGACGUGUUUUUGCAGAGAAAGAGUCUCUAGCCUUUGUCGCUGCGAUCAUCUCCCUGUGGGAUAUUAAGUCAGUGGAUGGACAAGGCCUCUCUCUUCCGAAACAUCGGCCGUCUACGGGCGUUUACUUGCCCAAAAAAGAUAUCAGGGUACGGAUUUCGUCACGGGUUUGA